GACAACCCUCCCGUAUAGGCAACUGCAUAGCCAUUUAUUCGGAAAAAAGUGUGGGUAAGCCAUUUAUUCUAGAAACGGCGCAAUUUAUUUAUCCAGUAAGAAAUUGUAACUGCUGAGUCACUCAGGAUCGAGAGACAGUUGCAAAACAAGAAAACUUUUAUCAGGAGUACGUGAAACAAUUUUAAGCCCUGCAUAUCAGAUGACUACAUUAUAUUUGUUUUAUUCUUUUUACUUCAGCUCGAUGGUUGUUCCCAUUUGAUAGAGAUGAUACAAGAAGUAAUUACAAAUUUUAUGGAGACGAUGGUACAAUAACAUUAAAUUUCACUCUGAUGUACAAAAACGAACGUUUUGAAUAUUUUGAUUUAACCGAUGAAUUGGGUGCUCAAAUGAUUCAUCAACGAUAUUACAUCGGCGACGACAAUAACACGAAAUACACAUUCACCAUCAUAUUACCGAAUAAAAAUAUUAAACUAUUGGAUGUUGAAAAAAAAAUUAAAAACUAUCAUAGAUUAUUCACUCGUCAUUCAUUAGGAGAAUUCAAAAGGAUAGAUCUUUUAUUGCCAAAGUUUCGAAUAAAAUACGUUGUCGAUAGUUUAAAAGAUCAUCUCACUCGUUUUGGUAUGAAAGACGCGUUUGAUUAUUUUAAAGCUAAUUUCACUGGUAUAUAUUUAGCGACCAUGGGAACAAAUCGAUUAGUAAUAGAAAAUAUAGUACAAAAUUCGGUUAUCGAUGUUAAUGAAAAUGGUGUUCAAGCAGCAAGUGCAAAUAGCAUGUUGCCUGGGACUUCGGGUUUUAGAGAUGCAAUUACAUUUACAUGUAACCGUCCGUUUGUUUUUUUAAUCCAUAAUAGGCAAACUCGUACGAUAUUGUUUGCUGGAAAAUAUAUUUCACCUCAAUAA